AUGGAGAGAAAGAGAAAAACCGCUACCCUUGUAACCAAAACCCAUCUUUCUAGUGUCUCCUUCUUUUACAUGCUCUCAAUUUGCACACUGAUGUUCAUCAGUAGAACUACCACUGCCUCCACCAUUCCAUGUUUAGAUACUAAGUGUCCCAUGUUCACCAAAGCUGAUAGAGAUUUUAAGGAAAAUAAGGGGAACAUGGGGCCUAGCUUGGUGUCUGGAAGUAAAAUAGAGGUCUCGUCAAUGCCCAGAAGGCUUCUAGGUGGGCCUGGGUCAUCGCCGCCUCGGUGCACCUCCAAGUGUGGCAAAUGUACACCAUGCAAACCAGUUCAUGUGCCGGUGCCGCCGGGUACUCCGGUGACCGCCGAGUACUACCCGGAGGCAUGGAGAUGCAAGUGUGGCAACAAGUUGUACAUGCCAUGA